AUGAGCACAAACAAUUCAUCAAGGUCGGAUGAUGAUCCAUCUCAAGGAAAGCAAAAAGUCGUCUCAGAUGCUUUGGCAAAAAAUUCAAGACAAUUACUAUAUGCUCAUUUAUAUAAUUAUUUGGUUGAAAACAACUUACACGAUACCGCUAAAAUAUUGUUGAAAGAAGCUGAUGUUCCAUUAUCAAAUCCUGUCGAUAAAGAUGGGAAUUCAAGAAACGAAGAAUCAAGCUCGAUGAAUAUAGGUGAUGACGAAGCUUUACCAGGUGUUAAGAUGCUGAUGACUUCUCCAGAUACGUUUUUGUUAGAGUGGUGGCAGUCACUCUGGGCUUUACAUAGUUAUGUCAAAGAAACACCGGCAAUUCAACAACAACAUCAACAUCAACAAAAAUUAUCAACACCUAAUCUAACUGGAGCUGCUGUUGGUGCUGCUGGUGCUGCUAGUGUCGCUUCUGGAAUUUUGAAUCCUUAUUCGCAAGCUCAAUUAGGUGGUGGUUUAAAUCAAUUUGUUCCAACAAUACCUCCACCACAUAUAGCAAAUCAACAAGCUUUAAACAAAGUAGGAAGUAAUGGAGAUGGAAUUCCUUCAGGAAUUGCACCAAACACAAAUGUUGCAGGUCCAAAUAAUGCUAAUAUUAAUCCACAAAAUAGUGCUAACAAUAAUACUAAUAAUAAUAAUAAUGUUUCUUCACCUGCAACAAAUCCAAGACAGCAGUAUGUUCCAACUCCUCAGCCAGUAUUACAAUCACCACUACCACAGUCAGCUCAUGGAACUCCACAUCCAAAUCAAACCACUGUACCUUCUCCAGCUCCAAAUUCUGGUAUGAUACCGAUGCAACAUCAAAUGCAUGCUCAGCAGCAGCAACAACAACAACAACAAACUAAUCAACCUCCAAAUUCAGUCAGUGGUCCUCAACAAGCACCUGGUAGUGCGGGUCCUCAAAAUGAUCACUUGACACCUCAAUCACAUCAACGUACACCAAUUAUACCGCCUCAACAAGGUCAACCUCAAAAUCCACAACAAUUUGUUCCACCAACAGCACAACCAAGACAACAUUGGCAAUUCCAUAAAAUGCAAUCACAACUACAAGCUCAAGAAUUGCAACAAAGAGUACAAAUGCAAAAAAUGCAGCUGUCUAAUCAAUUUAAUUAUCAAAAUGCUAAUCCUCAUCAACAGCAACUAAUGCAACAACAAUUUAGAAUGCAAGCAAUGCAAGAAGCUCAGGCUCAGGCUCAAGCUCAAGUCCAAUCUCAAGUACAAGCUCAACAACAAGCUCAAGUUCAUGCUCAACAACAAGCUCAAGCUCAGGCUCAAGCUCAAGCGCAGGCACAGGCGCAAGCUCAGGCUCAAGCUCAAGCCCAAGCUCAGGCACAGGCACAGGCACAUGCUCAAGCCCAAGCCCAAGCUCAUGCCCAAGCUCAUGCAAGAAAUGUUGGUGGUCCAAUGCCUAAUUUUCCUCAACAAGGACAAUUUCCAUCUCAAUUUCCACAACCGAGUCCUAUACCAUCUCAACAACAACAGCAGCAACCUGGUUCAAAAGUUGGUACUCCAACUUCUCAGCAUCCACCUCAAUUAGGUAUGCAAAGACCGAAUCAAGCAGGAAAUCCAAAUAUAAAACAAACCCCAGUUACUAAUAUCAAUGGUAGAAUGCCAGGAAAUGUUCCAGCUGGUCCAAACCCUGUUGGUGUACCAGGUGUAACACCUCAAGAAAAUGCAUUAAGGGGUGAUAACUCUACUGCUUUACAUGAUUAUCAAAUGCAACUGAUGAUGCUUGAGAAUCAAACAAAAACUGCACCUAAUGGAGCUCCAGCAAAUGCACCAGGAGCUCCAACCAAUGGACAACAACCACAACCACAACCACCUGUAUCUAAUUCAUCUGGUCCAAGAUCAAGAGGUGAAAGUAUAGGUAUAGAUCCUUUACAACCGGAUCCUUUCACUAAUCAACAAUUUAUGGAUCUUUUUAAUCCAAAUUCUUUAGGACAAAAUUUCAAUGGAGCACAAGGUGGAGGUAGUGGAAGUCAAGGUAGAACUGAUUCACAGGCAAAUUUGGGUAUUGAUGAUUUAAAUGUUGAUUUGGGUGUAGGAUUCCCAAAUGCUGGAUUUAUGAAUGGAUUUUAG